AUGGGAGAUGUGACCGUGAUUUCUUCAAGUAUUAUCCAACCCGGUAUCAUCGAUCAAUCAGGUCAGGCAAAGAUCCAUCUUAUUACUCCAUUUGAUCUUAACAUUCUCUAUCUUGAUUACACUCAAAGAGGUCUUCUCUUCUCCAAACCCGCCCGGAAACCGCUUUUCUUUCCAGUAAACGGUGUCAGAAACAUCCACGGCGUCUCGGAGCCCUUGCUUGCUAUUCAAGUCACUGAGAUUGCGGUUGAUCUUUUGAGAUUGUUGGGGACGAGAGAGCCUCAAGCUGGUAGCGACCGACUGAGUCGGAAGAUGGUGGAGGCAAUGAUAGGAGGAGGAUACUUUGGUGAACAAGAAUGA